GACAAAAAUAAACCUGAAAAUUCCAAAUCACAGAAGCCUCAAGCUUCGCUAUCGUCCGUCGCCUUGCUGCGGCCAAGUAAAUGUGCAUAGAGACUUCAAACUGAGCGCUUUCAAACUUUGUGUUGAUAGACGAACAUGGCAACCUCUCUCCUAUCUCAGCUCUCCGUUCCAACUCCUGAACUGGCGAGUCCCUCUACUGGAUUCCCCAAAUCCUCUUUUCUCUUUAACACCAAUCUUGUCUUCUUAACCAAUACAAGAAAACAGAAACUGGUUCAACAGAGAUGCUACAAGCCCCCUUGUGCAUCUGGGAAGUCUUUUGACCACAUACCCAGCCAGUUCAGACAAGAAAAUCUCAAGGAUGGAUUGAUGGAUAAUUACAAGAAUGUACCCCAACAUCUUUAUGGCCUUACUCCAUCACAACUGGACAUGUUCAUGACCGAAGAUAAUCCAGUCCGUCAACAAUCAGAAAGUGUUACAGAGGAUAGUAUCUCUUCUAGGAAGAAUUAUUUGGAUUAUGGAGGUAUGUACAGUGCAUCAGGCAUGAUGGAUAGGGGUCCUUCAAAAUAUAGUAUGAGUGUAAGCAUGUAUCGUGGAGGAGGCAGAGGAUACGGGAGGCCUAGGAGUGCUCCUCCUGAUUUGCCUUCUUUGCUCUUAGAUGCUCGGAUAUGUUAUCUGGGAAUGCCAAUUGUCCCAGCUGUCACUGAGCUUCUUGUUGCUCAGUUCUUGUAUUUGGAUUAUGACGACUCUGCAAAGCCUAUAUAUCUUUACAUUAACUCGUCUGGGACACAGAAUGAGAAGAUGGAAACUGUUGGUUCUGAAACUGAGGCAUAUGCCAUUGCUGAUGCCAUGGCUUAUUGCAAAUCAACUGUCUAUACUGUGAAUUGUGGCAUGGCAUAUGGUCAAGCAGCAAUGCUUCUAUCUAUAGGGGCCAAGGGUUAUCGCGCUUUACAGCCAAAUUCAUCCACAAAGCUGUAUAUGCCAAAAGUUAACAAAUCAAGUGGGGCUGCAAUAGAUAUGUGGAUUAAGGCCAAGGAACUGGAUGCAAAUACCGACUAUUACGUUGAACUGCUAGCAAAGGGAACAGGGAAGACAAAGGAAGAAAUUAAUAAAGACAUAUGUCGACCUAAAUAUUUCAAUGCACAAGAAGCUAUAGACUAUGGCCUUGCAGAUAAGAUAGUCGACUCAAGUGACGAUGCAUUUGAGAAGCGGGAUUAUGAUGCAUUACUUGCUCAAUCAAAAGCCAUGAGGGCAGCAGCUGCUGGUCCGAGAGCAGCUCCUUCAGGAUUUAGGUAAUUAGAAAGUAGUAUAACGCAAUAAUAUGGAGGAAAUUAUCAAGGAAGUCUCUACACAGUUGAUUGUGGAGCUAGUUCCUAUGAUAGGUAGGCCUUGUUUAAUGUUCUUGUUUCAUAAUGUCACAGCCAAUGUGUACCUUGGGCAAAAGGGUUGUAUCAAAUUUACAUGUCUAACAAAGGGCUUCUCAUGAUAAAUACUGUAAUACAAGCUCCUCAAUUGUUUGUUCUU